AUGCCGUUGGCGAAGCGAUUGGUGAAAACAGUUGCCGGGAAGGUCAAAACCUUGCCCCGGGCGUCACAACACCGAAUCCUGUUUCGGUUCAGGAACCGAACCUACCAUUGCAGUUUUGUCAUGAUAUCCAUUCCCUUCCCGCAAGGACGAUGUGGCGGCCAUGACGCGAAUCUCCCUCCGAGGGGAAAGUGGGUUAUUCAGUCACAUGCCAACAUCCGUGCAACUUUCGGCCUAGAGGCAGAAUUUCGUUUCCUCUCUUCUCCGGAUAUUAGAUCAACGGUGUUAUUCGCGGGAACUGCCAAUUCACGAUUUACCGGAGAAUCUUCUGACAAAUUCUUCAACGAUGUUUUCUCAAUCGCCCAGAGGUUUCAAUCCGGCGCAGCUUUGCACGUCCCUUUUUCUCGGAGACGGGACCGAGGAAGAAGUAGGGAACCCAGAAGUCCGAAGAUGGAGAGGGUCCAGUUUUUGUACAGAGCAAGUAGUAGCUCUUGCUGGAAGACAGAUGGCUUCCACCGUCGGCAAUUACUGGCUUAG